AAAAAAACCUCACGGACUCCUCGUCUCAGUCUCAGCCGCCGCUGUCGCCCGACAGUAGUACCGAGCCGCUCUCUCCCGUGUCUCUCCCAGGAGCGAGUCGCGACCUCCCUCUCCCGUCCCGUCUCCCCAAGCCACGAGCAUGGCCUCUCGUGGUCUCGCCCUUCUCCCCCCUGUCACGAGUUCAGCCUACUCUCUCCCAACUGCGCCGCCGGCUUGCUGGAGGCCAUGGCGGCGGCGCGGAGGGGCAGCAGGAGGAGGCCACGGUGGUGACGGAGCGACAGCGGGCGCCCACGGCGGUGGCGCUCGUGGAGCCGCGGCGGCUUCGCAAUGGCGGUGGCCCGCCGGCUCGGGCCACGGGCGGGUUCGGGCCAAGGUUAAAUCUUUUGCAUCGGCCCAUGGGGGCGGUCUCGGGCCGAGUAUUUUUUGAAAUGUUCCUUUUAGCUUUCUGUGGAGCCGGACGAGUUUGAUAUGUAUGAAAAAGAAAGUUUGUUUAUUUAGAAAUUAUAUAUAAUAACGUGUCGUAGCUUUAUCCUGUUCAAACGCGCACUAGCUUUUUCAGAAAUGUUCCUUGCAGCUUCCGGUGGGUGUGGAACGCGUUCUAACUAUGGUUAUUAUUGCGGAAUCGUUUGAGAUCAUACCUCUCAGAACAAGAAGAACGACAGGAAAUUUCAGCUCUCGGCGUCGGAAGAGGAGAAGAGCUCAACAAGACCAGCUGCAACUGCAAACUGACGUGGCAUGCAGCUAACUGAUUCGCCAGGGUAUAGGAUCGAGGCAAGAAGAUGGCGUCGUUCUGGGAUAUGCUAGGGAAGGCGGCAAGCGUGAUGCAGCUGACAGGCGUUGAUGCGUUCGGUAUGGUGUCGAUGAUUAUCCAGGCGGCACGCACCGCGCGGCGCAACAGGGAUCUUUGCCAGCAGCUGGCGAAGAAGGUGGAGAUCGUCAGCGGCCUGCUCGAGGAGCUCAAUAUCCCGGAGCUGCGGCGGCACCGCAAGACGCGGCGGCCGCUGGACGAGCUGCGCUCCGCGCUCUUCCGUGGGUACGUGCUCGUGUGGUCCUGCAGCCAGCAACAACAGGGCGCGAGCCAGUUCUGGCAGAUGUUCAUGGCCGGCGACAUGGCAGCCAUGCUUCGGCAGGCCAAAGACGAGAUCGACAGCUACAUCAUCCUCAUCCCCUUGAUAACCACCGUUGCCUCCAUCAGAGCACGGGACAGCAAGAUCAAUGAGGCAGCCCCAGCCCGAAGAAGGCCUCAGUUAUCCAUUCAAGAAGCUACUUAUUCUCCUUCAUCUUCCAGUCAAGAAGUGUCACAUUCGAGUGAACUUGAGGAGAAACUGUCAUGGCCCAAUGGUGUUUUUCCCCAAAACGACGAACCCUCACAGAGUCAAUCCAGUCAUGCCUCAGUUAGCUACUGGGAACAAGAUCGUUUGUCGGAGCUGGUGUCGAUGAUGGUGCAAAGCGCAGACACCGCACGCCACAACAGGGAUCCGUGCCAGCAGCUGGCUCGUCAAGCCCUCAUCGUCAGCAACCAGCUCCAGGGGCCGCUGGGGGCACCACAGAGGCUGCGGCUGGAGCAGCUGGAAGACCUGCUCUUCCGUGGAUACAUGCUCAUAUGCUUCUGCAGCCAGUACAGCAGAAGCCAACUCCAGCUCAUGUUCACAGGAGCCGAUGUGGCCUCUGUGUUUCAGCUAGCGCAACAGGAGAUUGGCCGUCAAAUCUACCACCUCACCAGCCGUGUUCCUGCCCAGCAGGAGGAACACGACGACGUGAGCAAUAAUUCUGACCAAUGGCGGACAACAUUAAGCAUAUAUGGGGAACUGCCGUCAACAGGUGCUGCGCAUCAAUCCAUGUCCAGGCUGGCACCUCAUGGCUAUCGAAUUCCUUUUGUUGUGCUACAAGAGGCAACAAAUAACUUCGAUGAGAAGAUGGUCAUUGGAGUUGGAGGGUUUGGAAAGGUCUACAGAGGAGUGAUGCAGGAUGGCACCAAAAUCGCAGUAAAGCAGGGCAAGGCUAACCAGAUGUCUGGACAAGGGUUGAGUGAGUUCCGGACAGAGAUCGAUGUGCUAUCGAAGUUGCGACACCGCCAUCUUGUAGCGCUCCUGGGUUACUGCAACGAGCACAACGAGAUGAUCUUGGUGUAUGAGUACAUGGAGAACGGCACUCUGAGGUGCCAUCUUUAUGGCACAAGUCUGCCACCUCUUAGCUGGAGGCAAAGACUGGAAAUAUGCAUAGGAGCUGCAAGAGGCCUCCACUAUCUUCACACCGGUGCUAAAAACACAAUCAUCCAUCGUGAUGUCAAGUCAACAAACAUUCUUCUUGGUGACCAUCUGUUGGCCAAAGUUUCUGACUUCGGCCUCUCAAAGGUUGGCGCUGAUACUGAUCAAACGCACGUAAGCACGACAGUCAAAGGGACCUUUGGUUAUCUUGAUCCAGAGUACUUCAGGACUCAGCAGCUGACAGACAAGUCAGAUGUAUACUCAUUUGGUGUAGUUCUGCUUGAGGUGAUCUGUGCAAGGCCAGCCAUAGUACAAACUCUUCCAAGAGAAAAGGUUAACCUUGUAGAGUGGGGUAUGGCGUGUCAUAAGAGAGGAGAACUUCAUCAGAUCAUUGAUCCACAUCUUGUCGGGAAAAUCAUGCCCAUAGCAUUGAGCAAGUAUGGUGAGACGGUUGGUAAAUGCCUCUCUGAUUAUGGAGUGGACCGUCCUACAAUGGCAGAUGUACUAUGGAACCUGGAAUUCGUGCUGCAGCUGCAGGAGUCAGGGGAAGAAAACUCCAACAUUCACAUGGAUAACGCAACCUCACAGCAGAACCUGCAGGAAUUCACGUUGCAGCUGCAGGAGACAGGCCAAGACGACAACUCCAACAUGACCAUGACUAACGACAACUCCAACACGACCAUGACUAACACCUCAAUACAGACAAUGGAAGAUGAACUGCCUUGAAUUGUUCUGCAGAGACAGAAAAAGUACCUUUGCCCUAGAAAAUGGAUUAUCAUCCUUGAUGUCGUCGUAACUUUGUCCUUAUGUGUCUCAAGACAGAUCCAUGCAUUCUGGAUUGUGCAUUCAAGCUCUGCUCACCUCUUAUAGUUA